AUGGCCACUAUGAAGUUGCUCGUCAGAAUCACUUCUUACACCUUGAAUAUCUCAAAUGGAAAGCAUCCUCCACAACUCAAUCAAGAUGCAAGAGAUGAUGAUCUGGUAGUUAAUUUUUCUAUUGACAGAACUGCCGCCAGUGAAUCUUUAUUCUAUCCAAUGCAUGGCAUCCAACAGCAGGCAAAUGAAGAAGUCAUUGCUGGAGAUGAUAAUGAGAGUGAUGAUAAUGAUGAUGAGGGGCCCCGUCAAGGAGUCGUCAGAAAUAAUGUUGUUGCCAGCUUAGCAUCAACAUUAGCUUCCGUGAUUCUCUAG